GAAGAAGAAAAAAAAAUAAAGGUUAAGAAAUGAAACCAAAAGACGCUUGUUCAAGUUCAAUCACAAUCAGGGCUUUGGGGCAGCGCUCUAUCGCUUCCUCAUUUCUCUCUCGCUCUUCUAAUUCUUCAAAUGAUUUUAAAGAAGGUGUUCAGAACAAAGCUUCGAAGAAGGGCUCACACGUGUCGCUCGCGGACUUCCUUGACAGGAAACUGCAUACUACUUCUGUGCCACCCAGAACGGUUCAGGGAAAGUCGAGGCCUUUUUCAUCAUUGCUGGGUCCAAGUCCAAGAGAAUCAAGUGGCUCCAUUGAUGGCCAUAAUGGGGCCAACAAAGGUGGGGAAGCAGAGACAAAUUGUGUGACGGAUAAAGUGUUUUUUGAACAGUUCAAGCAUUCUGGUGAAGACACAGGAGAUUGUGGAGGUUCAUGUAGUGUUGGUGAAGUGGAAAGUUGUAACAUAGAUGAAGCACAAGAAUCAAGAAAAAGGAAGAACCCAUUUCAAGGUGCAGGUGGUGACGAGAAAUAUGUUGCUCGAAAGCAUUUGUUAGUUCUUGGAGGUGAUCCAAAACCGAAGGAAAAAGGAAAGGAUGAGAAAUAUAAUAGCAAGAAGAAGCGAAGACCUCUUUACAAUCACUAUGCCAAUGGCUGUGGCUGGUGGGAUUGCAACAUGGAAGGUGUUGACAACGAAGAAGUAGGCUUCAGUGAGGUAUGGGAAGGGGUGGGCUCUACCACAUUAGGAGGAAUAGAGUGGCAUUGACUUUGAUUGUCUUUGACCAAGUAUUUUAUGAUAUGAUACUAAGACUAGAGAAUGUUUAUUUAUUUAUUUUGUUCUGUA